ACAAUCGUCUUUUCCCGACUGCUCGCAUCCCUCAUUCCAUCUCCUCCUCCAUUCAGCGCACCAGGCUUUGAUCUGAUCUGUCAGAACUACAUUUGAUCCCAAGAAAAAAAAAAGACAUUGCUUUGUUUUAUUGCAUUUUAUUUCUUUAUGCAUUAAUCGCCCGGCCGGAGCCUGGGUGGUGUCCCGCUAUUACAAUGAUUGAAAGACCAGACUCAGCUGUCUCCAGUGUUGCGCAGAGGAAUCUGGAGGGAUAUGUGGGAUUCGCCAACCUGCCCAACCAAGUUUACCGCAAAUCUGUCAAAAGGGGCUUCGAGUUUACGCUCAUGGUUGUAGGUGAGUCUGGAUUGGGCAAAUCGACGCUCAUCAAUUCGCUCUUUCUGACCGACCUGUACUCCAAAGAUUAUCCCGGACCGUCCCAGAGGAUCAAAAAGACAGUGCAGGUGGAGCAGUCCAAAGUGCUGAUUAAGGAGGGGGGAGUGCAGCUCACACUCACCAUAGUGGACACACCCGGGUUUGGUGAUGCUGUGGAUAACAGCAACUGUUGGCAGCCGGUGAUCAACUACAUCGACAGUAAAUGUGAGGACUUCCUGAAUGCCGAAUCACGCGUCAACCGGAGACAAAUGCCAGAUAACCGAGUGCACUGCUGCUUGUACUUCAUCGCCCCCUCUGGUCAUGGCUUAAAGCCACUGGAUAUCGAGUUCAUGAAGCGUCUACAUGACAAAGUCAACGUCAUACCGCUCAUCGCGAAGGCCGACACGCUUACACCGGAGGAGUGCCAGCAAUUCAAGAAACAGAUCAUGAAGGAGAUUCAAGAGCACAAAAUUAAGAUUUACGAGUUUCCAGACACAGAGGAAGACGAGGACAGUAAACUCAUCCGCAAGAUCAAGGAGCGGAUGCCUCUGGCUGUUGUGGGUAGCAACGUAGUGGUGGAAGUGAACGGCAGGAAGGUCCGAGGGCGUCAGUACCCCUGGGGUGUGGCAGAAGUGGAGAACGGCGAGCACUGUGACUUUACUGUCCUACGAAACAUGCUCAUCAGGACCCACAUGCAGGACCUGAAGGACGUAACUAACAACGUGCACUAUGAGAACUACCGCAGUAAGAAGCUGGCUGCCGUCACCUGCAAUGGAGUAGACGCCAGCAAGAGCAAAGGCCAGCUGACCAAGAGCCCAUUGGCCCAGAUGGAGGAGGAGCGGAGGGAGCAUGUAAUGAAGAUGAAGAAGAUGGAGGGUGAAAUGGAGCAGGUGUUUGAGAUGAAAGUCAAAGAGAAGAAACAGAAACUGAAGGAUUCUGAGGCUGAGCUGGAGAGGAGACAUGAGCAGAUGAAGAGGAACCUGGAGGUGCAGUAUAAGGAGCUGGAGGAGAAGAGGAGGCAGUUUGAGGAGGAGAAGGCCAACUGGGAAGCACAGCAACGUAUGCUGGAGCAGCAGAAACUCGAUGCCUCCAAAACCAUGGAGAAGAACAAGAAAAAAGGGAAAAUAUUUUAAUGAGGCCGGCAUCCUUUUUUUUGUGCCUCAGCACCAUAUACUCCUUUUUAAACUCCUUGCUCGCAUGAUUGAGGUCCCCCCCCCCCCACUCGUCCCCCCCCCCCCA